CCCUGAUCACCGCCUUAAGUUUACAUAGUCCUCAACUGAGUUACGUGACUUGUCGGUGCGCUGCUGCCGGCGGACGGCAGCGCGCCACAGUGGCUGUGGCGCGAACCGCACCGGCUUGGGGUGAACGUAUACCGCGACCUUGAAGAGCAUAAGUUAGCAUAUCCAAUAUGUAUAGCCACCUUUUGCACGCUGUGGGCCAGCAAAGUGGUGUCGCUCCACUUGCCUUUCCCGCAUUUUACACUGGCGCUGCUGGCGAGGGGCCUUCUGCGGCAUCAAUUGUACAACAACUGCAGGCACAGCAGUCUGGGCUCCUAUUGGGCCACACAGCUGGGAUUUACCCACAUCAUGCGGCAUGGACCUCGGCCGCUUUCAUGCGGCAAGCCGCACCACCAACAGCAUCGGAGCUGUUAGCAGCAGCAGGUGCAGCCCACAUGCUUAUGCCAGGCGGACUCGUCCCUGCGUCGCUGCCGCAGCCGUCGACCAGUACGUCGGAACGCAGGCCGCAGCAGCAGGAGCACAAGCAACAACACCAGCCUCCGCAGCAACAGUCAACACAUAGACAACAAAAUAUGCCAGCACAUCCCGCUCCUCAACUGCCGAAAGCCGUUCCACCACCCGCUUCCGAGCCUUCGACCCCGGCUCCGUCCCUGAAGGCCGCUAUUGACUGGCGAGGGGCAUUCGCGGCAAGCCCGCAGCCCCGAUCGGUGCUGCCGCCCGACCACCCAGGAAAGGGGCUGCAGGGGCUAUCAGAGCUCCAGUUGGGGGCGUUCGAGGUAUUGCUUGCGGAGACCCCGCAGGCGGCAAACCUAGCGAUAGAAGCGCUCCGCUCGCGUAUGUGGGACGGCAUCGUGGCCAUGGGCAUCGAGUGGGCGCCUGAGAGCAGCGGCCGAGGAGGCGGUGGCAGCGGUGGCGGUGGGGAGCCCAGCCCGGCCGCACUGUUGCAGCUCUCCACGGCGGGGCUGGUGGUGGUGCUGCGAACGGGCAGCUGCGGCCUGCCGGAUGCGUUCCGCCGGGCGCUGGUGGAGGACAGCGAUGUGGAGCUGGUGGUGGCGAGCUGGAGCAGCAGCGAUGAGCGCAAGUUCGAGGAGUGCUUUGGGAUUGAGACGUUUUGGUGCAAGAUUACGGAGCUCCAAAAGGUGGCCAAGGCGUGCGGCCACUCCAAGACGGGCGUCAAGGCGCUGGUGCAGGCGGUGCUGGAGCCCGCGGUCAACAUACCCAAGAACAAGAAGUUCUUGCCUGCUGACUGGGCGGCGCCCGUGCUGCGCCCCGAGCAGCUCAAGUACGCGGUGCUGGAUGCGGCGUGCACGGAGCAUGUGUUCCGCUGCUUGGAGGGCAGGUUUUGAGCGGACGGUGCGCACCAACUACAAGCAAUGGUGUCACGUUCGUGGCACGUGGGUGAGGUAGCGGAGUAGACAGCCCACACGCUGUGCGAGCACAACUGGAGUCACAGCGUUCCCUGGCUGUGUCUGUGUUCAUUCCGAGUACGAUAGGCCCAGUAAGUAGGCAGCUAUUGUCGAGGUUAGCGCUACGCAGGCAUUAUAGGAGGUGUGUCGUACUCUUAGUGCGAUGCAUUGCUACCGGUAGCAGUCAUGUGUGUAUGGAUUUGGCGUUAUUUUUGGCGUCAACAUGCGUAAUUGUGGUUUUGCGGGCCACUAAUACGGCGUGUUGUCGUUGUACGUGUCUCGUGCUAUAUGCCUAGUUCCGCCACUUUUCUCGGUUUCCAGAGACCCGUGGGUCGAUUUAGCUACAGUGCUAAGUGUGUUGGAGGUCAAGCUAGGACAUGCCUGAGCCUUGGUUGGCGCACAUCGUUUGGAGGUGCCACUUGUGUGACACUCGCGCUUAUCAUGGAAUAACAGGAUAGGACUCUGGCCCGUCUGUUGGUAUGUAGGACCGGAGCAAUGUUUAAGAGGGGUCACAUAUUCUCAGCCCUUUGGUUGGUUAGCUAUUGUGCAGUACAGCACCUUCAGUCGCGGGCCGUUAACCGUUACGGACCGUUUGCUCGUACGGUGCAGCAGGAAAUGCGGCCAGAGAAGUGUACCGGUAGUUGGAAAGUGCGGCGGUGCGUUGUGAGCUCUUUGCAGCAUUGUCAGGGAGUUAUAUGUCGACGCGUUGGCAUCUUGCGAAGGAUCAGGUUCAGGUUACACGGUCGAACCUCUGUGUAUUCACACCACAUGGAUGCGACGAUUGUGGUUUGCUGGGUUGUUUCGGUAGAUACGCAAGGAUGAUGCGACAACGUGAUGCGCGGCAAACAAUUCCCCCGUAUACUUGCAUGGCUUUUUGAGUUGGAGGGUGAGCUACGUCCCUAUGUGCAUUCGCAGGCUGUUUCCCUGUUCUGUUGGUCACUUAAUACAUGAACAGCUUACUGCCGGUGGUGCUGUUUUCGAAGACGUGUGCCAUGCAGUCCAAUCUUCCUCCCCGUAUGUAUACGACUGCACAACUGGUUCCCGAGCGGGUAUGAAGGUUGGACAACGUUGGGCGACAGUUCGAUUACUUUAGAGGACACCGCGCAUGUUCGUUGUCCCCUUAGUACGGUAUAGCACCUGUAGCCUAGGCAAUGAGUAAGGCCCCUGUGGAACUUGGAUUAAAUUUAAGCUAAGGCCAGCCGCGCUUACAUGCAUGUUACGGCCGGCGGUGUGCGUGAAGAGAACGUGUAGCCUCCCUCGCCCUUGAGCGCUGCCCGGACCCGUUCUCAAUGGCGAAGCGUAGCACUGAGGCAAUCCGGGAUGUGUUCUUUUGUUAUUGGCAAUUUAUUGUGGUUUGGAGCACGAUGCUCAGUAUGCUGUAUGCGUUUUGCCAGGCCUCACCCUCUCCUUCUGAUAGCCGUAGUGGUGGUAACAUGAUCGGCCCUAGUCACGGAUGUUAGCGAAUGCAAGGGGUGCGACUGGGUUGUAACCGCUAUCGCCAG